UCAAAGCCUUCACUUGCUUGGCAAUUUUCCACCGUAUUGCAAUAUUAUUUCCGUAAGAAUUACUACGAGUGACGCUAGUUCAUGAAAGAGUGCAUGGGGGCUUUUUCUGUGGUGGCUCCAAUUAAAACCAAUACAUACUCGUAGGUCCCCUUGAACUAUAGGUGCAACCGUGAAAAUUGAUGUGUGAGUACUGUCCCCUUCAAGCAAUCGAAACAUAUGAUACGUAAUAUCGGACUACCAUGUAUAGCAAAUUCAUAAGAAUUGACUUGACUAUGGCAAGUCAUUGAUGAUCCCUUACCAAUUUUUUUUUUUUUUUGUAUCCCUUACCAAAUUUUAUUUUUUGCAUGCAUUCUAAUAUUCGAAAGUCCAAUGAGCUAUGUAGUUCGAGUCGGAUCAAUCCAUUUAGAGGUCAAAUUCUUUUUUCUUCAUUUAUAAUACUCGUAUUUGAGACCUGAACUAUUUAAAUCAUGGUUUUAGAGACACGAGGAGGAGGGAAGAAGCCCAUGGUAAUGUAUUCCCGGCCGGAGCGGAUCAAAAUCAACUCUGACAAGGGCUGCUGUUUCUUCUAUUUUCUAAGCCUGGGCUUCUUCUUUUUCUUCUCCUCCAUCAUCUUCUUCUUCUUCUUCUUCUUCUUCUUCUUCCGUCCCCUGUCCUCUCAUUCACGCGCUAAGAAACCCCUGUCCCCCUUCCCCUCUCCACUUAAACCCCAUAAAUAGUAUAAAAGCUUCACUGAUUCAAACCAGAGGCAGAGACCUCCACCUCCCAUUUCUACUCAGAUCAGGUCUCUCUCUUCUCUCUCUCCCUCCCUCCCUCUCUCUUAUGAAACCCAUAUGUAUGUAUGCCUGCCUGGUGCUCCACACGUAUGCAAGUUCUGCUUCUGCGUUUGUUCCAUGAAUGUUUAGUUCAGGCUAUGGUUUUCGAGCCACUGGGCACUGCGAAUGAGGCCAUGGAGCUGGAGGUUGUCGGGCCUCCUGCCCUAAACUUAGACCGCCCACCUGCUAGUUCUAGUUCCAGCGAAGAUUUCCUCGACGGCCCCGCCUCCUCCUCCUUCUCGGGGGGCCUUGGUCUUUCCUGUUCGGACCCAAGUCUCGACCCGCACGAAGGAAUGGAGUUCGACUCCGAGCAGGCUGCUCGAGUCUUUUACAAUUCGUAUGCGCGUCGGUUGGGGUUCAGCAUUAGGGCUAGUACAUACCAGAGGUCGAAGAAAGACGGGUCUAUCAUAUGCCGCCAGAUCGUGUGCCACCGCGAAGGGUUCCGCCGACGGGGCAAAGGGAAUACCAAGCCCAAGAGGCAGAGGGCUGACACUCGGGUCGGCUGUAAAGCUCAAAUGAUGGUGAAGAAACAUGACACCGGGAGAUGGGUAAUCUCGAGGCUCGUCAAGGAACACAACCACGAGCUCGUUCCUCCUGAUAAGGUGCAUUGCCUUCGGUCCCAUAGGCAUGUUUCCGGCCCCGCCAGGAGCUUGAUUGACACCCUCCAGGCAGCCGGGAUGGGAGCCAGUGGUGUGAUGUCGGUUCUGAUCAGGGAAUCUGGUGGAAUCAACAAUGUGGGUUUUACCAAGAUCGACUGCCAGAAUUACAUGAGUGGCAGUAAUUGGCAGAAGAGCCUUGGGAAAGGGCUUAAAACCGUCUUUGACUACUUUCAGCGGAUGCAGGAGGAAGACCCGGGCUUCUUUUAUGCGGUCGAGGGAGAUUCUGAGCUUUCAGGGGGAAAUAUCUUCUGGGCCGACAGUAAUGCGAUUAAGAACUAUACCUAUUUUGGAGAUACAGUCAUUUUCGACUCCACUUAUCGGACGGACCGUUAUCGGGUCCCAUUCGCCCCAUUUACUGGGUGGAACCACCAUGGCCAACCUGUUUUAUUUGGGUGUGCUUUGAUCCUCAACGAAUCGGAGUCAUCUUUUAUUUGGUUAUUCGAGAGUUGGGCCAAAGCAAUGUCGGGUCAUACGCCCCCAUCCAUUACAACAGACCACGACCGGAUCAUCAGGGCAGCUGUGUCCCAUGUGUUCUCAGGGGCCCGCCACCGGUUUUGCACAUGGACAGUGUUAAGGGAAGUGCACGAGAGGCUAUCUGAUGCGUUUUGCUCUCAUCCAACUUUAGAGGUGGAGUUCCAGAAGUGUGUUAACGGGACAGAGACCGUCGAUGAGUUUGAGUUUUGCUGGGACUCCCUUCUUAAAAGGUACGAUCUCGAGAACAACCAGUGGCUUCAGUCUAUGUACGAUGCACGACAGCAUUGGAUCCCUGCCUAUCUCCGGGACACGUUCUUUGGGGAGGCCUUGGUUACUCAACGGAGCGAUUGUGCAAUAAACUCGUACUUUGAUGGGUAUAUAAAUGCUUCAACCAGUAUUCAUGUGCUAAUCGAACAGUAUGAAAAAGCGGUUGCUAGUAGAUACGAGAAGGAAUUAAAGUCUGACCAGGAGACCCUUAAUGUCCCCCCUGUGCUAAAGACACCGUCUCCUAUGGAAAAGCAGGCUUCAAACAUCUAUACAAGGAACAUUUUCAAAAAGUUCCAAGAGGAACUAGUCGACAUUUUAGCUUAUCCAGCGACCCUGAUUAAGGACAGUGGAUCAGAAUCCACAUAUCGGGUAGAGAAGUUUGGGGAAGAAGACAGACCAUAUUCUGUUAAGUUUGAUGUAUUAGAGAAGAAGGCUCUCUGUAGCUGUCAAAUGUUUGAGUUUUCAGGUAUUAUCUGUAAGCAUAUCCUGGCGGUCUUCAGAGUGACAAAUACUCUUACACUGCCAUCUCACUAUUUCUUGAGACGGUGGACGAGACAUGCUAGAAGCAGUCCUUUGCUAGACGAAAAAGCACUUGGAAUGCCUUGUAAUUCUCUACAUUCAGCAGCUGCUCGCUUCGAAAAUUUAUGCCGUGAAGCCAUCAAAUACGUGCAGGAAGGGGCAGAAUCAGUUGAGACGUAUAAGGUGGCAAGGGAAGCUCUCCACUUGGCGGCAGAAAAGGUAGCUGCUGCGAAGAAGAAUGAUUUGGGGCUCGCAAGCAACCAGAAGGAAAAUGAACACCCUUCACAGUCUUGCUCUACCGAUCAAGACAAGAGAAUACAGCAGCUGACUUCUGAGCUGGAAACCGCAAAUAAGAUAUGCGAAGCAUACCGAAAAAAAUUACUCGACAUGGUGAAAGACAUGGAAGAGCAGAAGCUGAAGAUACUGGUGAAGGUUCAGAGUAUGAAACUCAAUCUUAGAAGGUUGAGUGGAGCGAAAUCAUAAGUUGUCUUCUCAAUUUAACUUCGGAAUAGCAUUAGGGAUUAUUUUGUGCAGUCAUUGCAGAUAGGAUGGUUCGUCGCAGGAAAAGCUGUUGGAUGCAGCAGAAGGGAAGUAUAGCUUUGUUAUAAGGUGAAAACUAGUGUAGGAUGUUAUACAAAUCAUCUAUAACCGUAGUGAUGUAUAUAAUCGCCGUAGCGUAAUCCAUACGGGCAGAUGCUCGGGAGCAGUAAGCAAUCCUAUUGGCUGGGAAGCAUCUGUAAAAUAUACCGCUCUCAUGUUCGUCCUCUUUAUAUUUGAAUUUCUGGAUUCCCUCGUACUUACUCA